AAAUAAUAUUACUAAAAAAGGGGAAAAAUAUUUAAAUACCCCAUAAUAUUGUAGAGACUUAAAGGUAAAGAUAACAGCUUGGAAAUAUUUCUGCCAGAUGCUAUAAUUAAAUUUAAUGAAGCUCUUCAGCCCGAAAUUCGACAAGAGAAUUUUAAAAGCACAGAGUUCUUUGCUAAUCCAGUAAAGAAGCCAAGAUGCUCCGAGCAGAAAAAGUGAAAGAAAAAGCAGACAGGGAACCCAAGGAAUUCGUCAAAAUUGAAAUGCUUGUGGGUCCGAUGUCUAAGUGCUCGUGUCGCAUAAUUAACGCAUUCUCUGGUGCAGUAAAUGUAAAUGUAAAUCUUAAAUGGUGCAUGGCAAUACGGUAUCGGGUAUCUGGUAACUCGGAUCUUGCAGAUAUAUUCUGCUAGGAUAAAUGGAUGGAUGGAUGGAUGGGGGUCACAUAAUCAUCAUGUUAGCUGGGCUUAAAAUUCAUUUCGCUGGCAACAAUAUAGCGGCGAACAGAAAACCGAAAACACAGAACUUAUUUAUAAAACUGAGCAGUCGAGUGGAUGAAUAUGCCGCUCCUUCUGCCCGCUCCCGUAUUUUAUUUAUUUUUUUUCUUGUUGUUUUUGGUUUUGGGGCCCUGAAACGAACGGAACGAUAAAAAUAAACCAAAAGCCAAACGGCGGACGAGACAAAACUGUUUUUCACCAAAAAAAAAACGAAAUAACCGAAAAAAACACGCAAAAACACGAAAAGUCACAAAGGUGUAAAAUACAUAUUGAAAAUGUUGAAUUUCCCUUUUGUUUGCAUUGCGCGUUAAUUUCCACAGCAGCAGAGAUAAAUACAUAAAACGCCGAGAAAUUCAAGAGAAGCGGAAGAAAAAAGCUAAGGCCAAAAAGCAAUUAAAACAAAUUGUGCCGUAAGUCAGGUCGGUGGGCUUACAGCCCAGUUCCCCGGAAAAAAACCAAAAAAAAAACCGAAACAAAAAAAACCAAAAAAACACAAAAAAAGAAAACAAAACAAAACAGGAAACCACCGCAGGAUCUACAGGGAAAACAGGACCCACCGCCCUCAAAAGAAACGCGAAAAGCCAGAGAAAAAUACAAAAGUAAGCCAUGUCCCAGGAGAGUAAUAGUGGUGCAGGAGGAGCACCAGGAGGAGGAGGCAAUGGUGCACCACCACCGCAGUACAUAAUAACCACGCCCAGCGAAGUGGAUGCGGAUGAGGUGCGCUCCAUGGGCGACUUGGAGCUGGGCUCCCCGCAAUCCCAGCAAGCCCAGCAAAUGCAGAUGCAGAGCCAGAAGUUCUCGAGCUCCACCACCAAGGUGGCCUCCUCCACCACUCGCUCCUUUUCGAUGAGCAGCAGCCUGCAGCAGCAGAAGCAGGAGAAGCAGGAGAACAGCCUGCAGCAAUCGCAGCAGAAGAUCAUCUCCAGUUCGACGCGCAGCCAGAGCCUUCAGUCCAGCACGAUUGUGGGCGAGGCCACCACCAUUUCGAGUGGCGCCACCCAGAUGCUCACAGCCGCCCAGGCGGCCACCUUGGCCCAGCAGCUGAAGGCCCAGAGCUCCACGUCGAUAAUCACGAGCAGCGAGCAGCGGACCAGCACGAGCACGAGCAGCAGCAGCAGCACUCGAUUCGUGGCCAGUGGAGCACCCUCUAGCUCCUCCGGUGGAGGCGGUGGCGUUGGUAACUCCGGCAACAACAGCAAGACCCGCUUCCAGAGUUUCCUCCAGCAGCCGGAGGGAGCCCAUGGCUUCCUUACCGCCCACCAGAAGCAUGUGCGCCAGUUUGUGCGCUCCACAUCGGCCCACUCGGAGGCGGCCGCCGGUGGUUCCUCCGGCAGCGGCAGGCCGGAAAAGUGCAUCCGCAGCGCCUCCACGCAGAUCGAUGAUACCACCGUUGGCGGCGGCGGAGGAGUGGUGGAUUCGUCGUCGGGCAGCUUGGCGGACAGCGCCGCCACCGGCGGAUCCAUGCAGCUGUCGAUGAGCAAAAUGGGCCUCCAGCAGUCCUCCUCGAUCCUCAUCUCCAAGUCGGCCGAGACCAUCGAGAUGAAGAGCAGCUCCUCGUCGGCCGGCAUGCGCACCCAGUUGACCUUGAGUGGCGGCUUUCUCGCUCCGCCCGGCAGCCGGAAGAUCACCAUCUUGAGCCCCAUCCACGCGCCGCCCGGCCUCCACGACAUGCUAAAAAGGGCCCAGGGACGCUCGCCCCUCUCGCCCAGGAUCAGCUUCCCCGGCAGCGAUUCGGACCUCUUCGGUUUCGAUGUAGAAAAUGGCCAGGGCGCUCGAUCACCGCUCGAGGGCGGCUCUCCCAGCGCCGGUUUGGUUCUACAGAAUUUGCCGCAGCGUCGCGAAUCGUUUCUAUAUCGCUCCGAUUCCGACUUUGAGAUGUCGCCCAAGUCCAUGUCUCGAAACUCAAGCAUCGCUAGCGAAAGGUUUAAAGAACAGGAAGCCUCUAUACUCGUUGACCGAUCCCAUGGCGAGGAUCUCAUUGUGACGCCUUUCGCCCAAAUUUUAGCCAGCUUACGUUCAGUGCGCAACAAUUUAUUAAGUCUGACAAAUGUUCCAGCAUCAAACAAGCGGCCCAACCAAUCCUCGUCGGCCUCCCGAUCGGGAAAUCCCUCGGGAGCCCCGCUGUCCCAGGGCGAGGAGGCCUACACCCGCCUGGCCACCGACACCAUCGAGGAGCUGGACUGGUGCCUCGACCAGCUGGAGACCAUCCAGACCCAUCGCAGCGUCUCCGACAUGGCUUCGCUCAAGUUCAAACGCAUGCUCAACAAGGAGCUGUCACACUUCAGCGAGUCCAGCAGAUCGGGAAAUCAGAUUUCCGAGUACAUUUGUUCCACAUUUUUGGACAAGCAGCAGGAGUUCGACUUGCCGUCGCUGCGCGUGGAGGAUAAUCCGGAGCUGGUGGCCGCCAAUGCCGCCGCCAGCGGCCAGCAGUCCGCUGGCCAGUACGCCCGCUCCCGCUCCCCCCGCGGCCCGCCCAUGUCGCAGAUCAGCGGCGUGAAGCGGCCCCUUUCGCACACCAACAGCUUCACCGGCGAACGGCUGCCCACCUUCGGCGUGGAGACGCCCAGGGAGAACGAGCUGGGCACCCUGCUCGGCGAACUGGACACCUGGGGCAUCCAGAUAUUCAGCAUCGGCGAGUUCAGCGUCAACCGACCGCUCACCAGUGUGGCAUACACCAUAUUUCAGAGUAGAGAAUUACUGACCAGUCUUAUGAUACCACCGAAAACUUUUCUUAACUUUAUGACUACUCUGGAGGACCACUACGUCAAAGACAAUCCGUUUCACAAUUCGCUGCAUGCCGCCGACGUGACCCAGAGCACCAAUGUGCUACUCAAUACACCGGCGCUGGAGGGCGUAUUCACACCGCUCGAGGUGGGCGGGGCACUGUUCGCCGCUUGCAUCCACGAUGUUGAUCAUCCCGGCUUAACCAAUCAGUUCUUGGUUAACUCAAGUUCCGAACUAGCAUUAAUGUACAAUGACGAAUCUGUUUUGGAAAAUCAUCAUUUAGCUGUUGCCUUUAAAUUAUUGCAAAAUCAAGGAUGUGAUAUAUUCUGUAAUAUGCAAAAGAAACAACGCCAAACAUUGAGGAAAAUGGUUAUUGAUAUUGUGCUGUCCACGGACAUGUCCAAGCACAUGAGUCUGCUGGCCGACCUGAAGACAAUGGUGGAAACCAAGAAGGUGGCCGGCUCCGGAGUCCUGCUGCUGGACAACUACACCGAUCGCAUACAGGUGCUCGAGAAUCUGGUGCACUGCGCCGAUCUGAGCAAUCCCACCAAGCCGCUGCCGCUUUACAAGCGCUGGGUGGCCCUGCUCAUGGAGGAGUUCUUCCUGCAGGGCGACAAGGAGCGCGAGUCGGGCAUGGACAUCAGUCCCAUGUGCGAUCGCCACAACGCCACCAUCGAGAAGUCGCAGGUGGGCUUCAUCGACUAUAUCGUCCACCCGCUGUGGGAGACCUGGGCGGACCUGGUGCACCCGGACGCCCAGGACAUACUCGACACGCUUGAAGAGAACAGAGACUACUACCAGAGCAUGAUACCGCCCUCGCCGCCGCCGUCGGGGGUCGAUGAGAAUCCGCAGGAGGACAGGAUACGCUUUCAAGUAACCCUGGAGGAGUCCGACCAGGAGAACCUCGCCGAGCUGGAGGAGGGCGACGAGAGUGGCGGCGAGAGCACCACCACCGGAACAACCGGAACCACCGCCGCCUCCGCGCUGGGCGGGGCUGGGGGCGGUGGCGGUGCUGGCGGGGGCGUGGCACCCAGGACGGGUGGCUGCCAAAACCAACCGCAGCACGGUGGAAUGUGACGGAGAGUCGUGGGAAUUUAUCGCAAAAUACAGGAAAAGGCUCACAACUUUUUCCUAUUACGUUAGUGACUACUAUUAACACACAAAAACCAAACAAAAACCAAAAACGAAAAACUCAAAAAAAAACAAAGAAAAACUCUUGGAAAAAUGCAAAAAAAAAAUACAAAAAAAAACCAAAAAGCCAACUAAAGAAAUAUUAAACAAAUGUUUAAAGCAUACAAAGAAUCCAAAACAGCAAUAGCAAAAGUACCGUUUAACUUAUAAAGCCUAGAGAAAAACGAAAAAGGAAAUUAGAAAUUUACUUAAUGGAACACCGAGAUUGAUGUUGAAAAUACACUGAAAAAAAGAGAUCACGAGGAGAUGAGCUAACUAAGAGAAAUCUUACAUAUUGUUAAACGUACACACACACACUAAAUCCAAGACAAAGCAAAGAUAAUGAGAAACCCCAUUGAUAAGUAAUACUAAGAAGAUACCAAAACUACCGCCCCCUUCCCCCAAUUAUAUAGACGAUUUUUGUUGCAUGUGUAGGCAAAUGAUUUUUGUUAAAUUCAUCUGAAGUGGGACAUCAAUCGGAGAAAAACCCCCUGAGCCCCCUAACCAAGUCUCCUCUUUUAAACCAUUGACUAAAGUGAAAUAUUUAAAAACAAGAAAAACAACCGAACGGAAGGAAUAAUUAAUACGACUUAGCUUAAGAGAAGUUUUUAAGUUUUGAAUGUUUUGCAUGCCCGAACAGAUUCAUUUUACUCGAUUGAUAACGUUAGAUCUAACUUUAGACCGAUUAACGCUAACGGCAACACACAUAUGGAAUUUUUUAUGAUUUAGACCCCAGCGAUAGAAGCGAAAACAAAAAGAAAAACAAAAACUAAAACCAACCAUGUUAAGUGUAAGAACCCAGUGAAUUAAACCAAAAUUGAAAGCCA